AUGGCAGAAAACCCAAGUAAGAAAAGAGUUUUCCUCUCGGUGCAACAAAAAAUGACAAUUGCUGAAAAAUUAGAAAAAGGAGCAUCAGCUAAAUUGUUAUCUCGCCAGUAUGGAGUUUCGCAAGAUGUCAUACAUCGUAUUCGUCGAGAGUGUAGCCUCUUAUUAAGUUUUGGGAACCGAGGAGGUCAUGUAUUACAGCAUAAAAAUCGAAGACGAUCUUCGAACGAAGAUUUAGAAAAUCGUUUAUAUAGAUGGUACCUGGAACAACGAGCAAUGGGGAAUCCAUUAACUGAUUUAUUAUUACAAGAGAAGGCAAUCGAACUUUUUAGUGAAUACGGAUCAACAUCAUUCGCUGGAAGCAGAGGUUGGUUGCGCAAUUUUAAGAAGCGAUAUACAAUUCACCCAGUCCGGGCUCAUGAAGAGAAAGCAAGCGCAGGCGACAAAGGUGCAAAAAUAUUCAUAGAUGCUUUCACAAAACGCAUCAAAGAAGAGGACAUUAAUUUAUGUCAUAUUUAUAAUAUGGGCGAAACGGGUUUGCUGUGGAAAACUGUUCCUUCAAAAAGUUUACUAAGCGAGGAAAGAGGAACAUUGGCAGAAAAGAAGUUAAAGAAAGAUAGAGUGUCCAUUGGAUUAUGUUCUAAUGCGGAUGGAACCCACAAGCUCCUGCCAAUUUUCGUGCAUAAAUUUAAAAAUCCACAAGCACUCAAAAAUUGCGUAGAACUGCCUGUCGUCUAUAAAUCUCAGCGGCAAGCGUGCAUGAAUACAGACAUUUUUAACGAGUGGUAUGAAGAGGAUUUUAAACCCAGUGUCCGGCAAUACCAAUCAGAAAAUGAAACGGUGGGAAAAGUGAUGUUACUUUUGGAUAAUUGUUCAAGUCACAAGAUAACUAAUUUAUCGCAGGAGGAUGACGAUGAUUUUGAAAUUGUAUAUUUGCCACCAAACACUACGUCCCUCGUACAACCUAUGGACCAAGGCAUAACCGCUAAGUUAAAAACAACGUACAGACAUAAGAUACUGCAUCGCAUUCUGCAGUACGAAAAUAAUGUAGAAGAAUUCUAUUUAAAAUAUAAUAUAAAAGAAUGCAUUGAUUUGGUCUAUGAAUCAUGGAUGGGCAUCACAUCCUCUAAUAUAAAAAACGGCUGGAAUAAAAUUUUAUCAAGGGAUUGCGGAGAAGAAGAAGAAGCAAAUGUGUUAAAUACCUCUACACAUUCAGAAAUGAGUGGAAUGAUGCGCGUCAUAACUGGCGAAGAUAACAAUCCAGAAGAGUGGAUGGAAAUAUUAAGUCAUUUGGAUCGUGAAGAAACGAUUAACAAAGAAGGUGAAGAAGAUGAACAAGAAGAAAGCAUGGACAUAAAAAUAGAAAUAGAAGAUGAAGGCGAAGGAGAAGGUGAAGAAGGAGAAGAUGAAGCGAUAGAAGCAGAAGAAUCAAACGAACCAGCAUUAAGUUUGAUAGAAAAGAAGAAAAAAGAUUUGAGCAUGCUCGAAGACAUUAUAAAGAGAUAUGCAAACAAUAAUCAAGCGGUGUUAAUAAUGGGAGAAGCAAUGAAAAGAAUUCUGGAGAAUGAAACACCAUAG